AUGAAAGCUAUCACUGGCAAGUUAACUUAUAAAGAUGAGCUGACUUGCAAAGUGCAAGAAUUGCUUAAGGAAGAAGUUGAGUGGCUGCCCGAGCUUAAAGAGCUGCACAGUACUAAAUUAGCAGAAGCUAAUUGUUGCACUGAUGCGUUUUCUAAAAUUGAGCACUCAGAAGGAAGCCCAGAGGCCGUGGAGAUCUCCAGUCCCAAUCUCCAGUCUACUCAUCAGAAGCAGCUCUCAGACGUAAAGAGUGAGUUUUUUUCUCGGUACAAGAAGGGAAAGCUGCUGGGGAAGGGAGGCUUCGGCUCUGUCUACAGUGGACUCCGGAUUGCAGAUAAGAAAAAGGUCGCCAUCAAGUAUGUUAUCAAGGGUGACAAGUUUGAAACCAUAACCAUUCCCGGAGAGAAACAGGACCUGCCCUUAGAGGUGGCGCUAAUGAAGAUGGAAUCCAAGCCACCUCACUGUAGCAACGUGCUACAGCUACUGGAGUGGUUUGACGUAGGCGAUGUGAUCAUCUUGGUUUUGGAGCGGCCCAAUCCCUGUAUGGACCUCUUGAAAUUCGCUAAGCUUCAGAAAGGCGGCCUGUCUGAAGCACAGACUCGAGAAAUCAUGGUGCAGGUGGUCCGGGCGGCUCGUCACUGCUGUGACCGCGGAGUGUUACACCGCGAUAUUAAGCCCGAGAAUCUCCUCAUCAAUCCCGAUACCAUGGAAGUCAAACUGAUUGAUUUUGGCUGUGGGGCAUUGAUGCAGGACGAACCCUACAAAUAUUAUUCAGGCACUAGGACAUAUAUACCUCCUGAGUUUACUGUCAUUAGAGAGUACACGGGAAUUCCUGCUACCAUCUGGGGUCUGGGCAUACUCAUGGUUAAACUGCUCUGUGGAAAUUGCCCCUUCAGAUCACUGCAGGACCUCCAAGAAGGGCACCUGAAAUUGUCUUCAAACUUGUCUCGAGAGUGCUUCGAGCUGAUAAUGUGGUGCCUGGAACUCACCCCUGAAACUCGCCCAACAUUCGAUGACUUGGCCAGGCACGAGUGGUUUACUGGAGACAGGUUCAGGACGUGUCAUCAUCACAGUUCAGAACAUUUACACUGGCCAAAUUGA